AGUCAACGCGCUCGCACCAGCGCAAACUGUCACAGUUGGCACGUAAACAAAGUCACAGGAAGCGCCGCUGUGUAACUGAACCAAAGCAGAUGCUAUGGAGAGGUAACUGACAGCUGGGCAGUGUGCCGAGAGGUGAGAGCAGGGCAGGAUGACGGAGUGCUUCCUGCCGCCCAAUAGCAGCCCUGCAGAGCAGCGGCGGGGAGCGGAGCAUCAGGGCGGUGUAGCUCGAACCCCGAGCUCAGAGGAAAUCAGUCCGACUAAAUUCCCCGGCCUGUAUCGCACAGGGGAACCCUCACCCCCACAUGAUGGACAUCAUCAUGAGCCACCUGACGCUGCUUCAGAUGAUGAUAAAGAGCACAGCAAGAAGAAAAACAAGUUUAAAAAGAAGGAGAAACGCACUGAAGGCUACGCUGCCUUUCAGGAGGACAGCUCGGCCGACGAAGCAGAGAGCCCGUCCAAGAUGAAGCGUUCCAAAGGCAUUCACGUGUUUAAGAAGCCCAGCUUCUCCAAGAAGAAGGAGAAGGAAUUUAAAGUGAAGGAAAAAGGACCUAAAGAGGAGAAAGCCAAGGAUAAGAAGUCCAAGGAUCUGACAGCAGCUGACGUCGUCAAGCAGUGGAAGGAAAAGAAAAAGAAGAAGAAGCCCAGCACCGCCGAGCCGGAGCCAGUCACCGUGGAGGCUCCGGCCGCUGUUAGGCCAAUUUUUGGUGUGCCGUUACCUGAAGCCGUGAGGAGGACGGCAUUGUACGAUGGCAUCCAGCUACCUGCUGUUUUCAGAGAGUGUAUCGACUAUAUCGAGAGUUAUGGCAUGAAGUGCGAAGGCAUCUACCGCGUCUCUGGAAUGAAGUCAAAAGUGGAUGAACUGAAGGCAGCGUACGAUCGCGAGGAGUGCCCGUGCCUGGAGGAAUAUGAACCGCACACAGUGGCCAGUUUGCUGAAGCAGUACCUGCGCGAGCUACCCGACAACCUGCUGGGCCGCGACCUGGCACCACGUUUCGAAGACGCGUGCGGGCGUGCCAGCGAGGCCGAGAAACUGCACGAGUUCCAGAGGCUGCUGACAGAGGUCCCUGAAGGAAGCCGGCUGCUCCUGGCUUGGCUCAUCACCCACAUGGACCAUGUUAUCGCCCGAGAAUCAGACACCAAGAUGAACAUCCAGAACAUCUCUAUUGUGCUCCACCCCACCAUGCAGAUAGGGAACCGUGUACUCUAUGUGUUUUUCACCCACGUUCGCGAGCUGUUUGGUGAUGUGGUUUUGAAGCCGGUGGUCCGACCCCUGCGCUGGUCCAACGUAGCCACCAUGCCAGCUCUGCCUGACACCCAGGAAAGCAUUAAGGAGGAAAUCCGGAGACAGGAGUUCCUGCUAAACCGCCUGCACAGAGACUUGCAAGCCGGGAUUAAGGACCUUUCCAAAGAGGAGCGACUCUGGGAAGUGCAGCGCAUCCUUACUGCCCUUAAACGCAAACUCCGUGAGGCAAAGAGGCAGGAGUGUGAGAGUAAGAUAGCACAAGAGAUCGCCAGCCUGUCCAAAGAGGACGUAUCCAAAGAGGAGAUGUCUGAGAACGAAGAGGAGGUCCUGAACAUUCUUCUUGCUCAGGAAAAUGAGAUCUUGACCGAGCAGGAGGAGUUAAUUUGUUUGGAACAGGUCCUGCGCAGGCAGAUCGCUACAGAAAAGGAGGAGAUUGAACGGCUGCGUGCCGAGAUCGCUGACAUACAGAGCCGACAGCAAGGCCGGAGUGAGACAGAGGAGUACUCGUCCGACAGUGAGAGUGAGAGCGAGGAUGAGGAGGAGCUGCAGAUGAUUUUAGAGGAUCUACAGAAACAGAAUGAGGAGCUGGAAAACAAAAACACUCAUCUGAACCAGGCCAUCCAUGAGGAGCAGGAGGCCAUUCUGGAGCUUCGCGUUCAGCUCCGCCUCCUCCAGAGCCAGAAGCUCCAGCAGGAACUCGCUGCGCCCCCCCCAGCAGAACAGGCCCCGGCCACACAGCCCAGCCCGGAGGAGCGAUCCAGAGGAGACGAGUCAAACAAGCGCAGUGCACCUGGAGAUACCCCGGUCAGCGCCUCCACAGCUCCGGCUAAUGGGAAGCCUGGAAAAGACGCUUUAAAACCCUCACCUAGUAAAACCUACACCGUCAAUCAAAAUCAACCACUUUAGAUCAUGACUUGUAUUGUGUUUUUACUUAGUGUUGCGACAUUGAGGUCAGUGCUAACACACAGGCGUCGUUUAUGGUGAACACUGGGAUCACCGUUAGGUGUGUUAAGACAAGACGAAUCAUGAGGAAUCAAACAACAAACAGAGAAGCACUUUUAUAUCGGACAGUGCAGUCACAUUCACUAAUCUGUGUGAUUUACUAAUUCAAAAUUAUUCAUUCUAUAGUGGGGUAUCUGUGGAUCAGGACCCAUAACAGUAGAAAGAGUUCUGAUAAUCAGCACAAGUAGCACUAACUAAGUUACACAAAACUUGAAACUCACAAAGUAACAACAAAGGUCCACAGUAAUUGUGACUAGUAAACCAGACCCUCCGCAACCCUGACCAGGAUAAAGUGGUGGUAAAACGAGAAAGUGAAUAAAGGGCUCAAGUUGUUGCCGUCCUUUUGAAUUGUGUUUUACAUCACCACUAUGUACCAUGUGUUCACAUGCUGUACAAAUUGUGAGGAGCUACUGUAUCCUCCGAUGGUCUAGAUCAGGGUUUUUUAAACCCUGGGUAAGGGUCGCAAGCGGAAUAAAUGGAUCGCAGAGAAAAAUAAUAAUAAUAAAUAAACUUGUACACGAAUGCCUUCUUGUGGAGGCUUUAUGUUACAUCUUGUACAACCUGGUCAACCACAACCCUGGUCUAGAUUGCAAAAAUACAUUGGAUAACUUUAACUAGCCUCUUACAUUAAAAAAAAAAAAUAGUGUGCACUACUUCUAGCUCCACAUAAAACAUCAUUACAGAAAGGGUGAGGAAAUUCAGUAUGGGUACCUGUGUUAUGAUAUCACAUGGUAUGGUAUGGAGUCACCUGGCCGUGAAACACUAUAAACUUCAGGAUCACUUAACUGUAAGUCUGAAAAAAGGAAAAAACUGCUCAAAAGGAGUGUUUUUUUUUUUAAAGGGUGUCCUAAGAUAAAUAAAAAUAAUACAUUUUGACAAUAGGAAACUACCUUCAUUAAACCAAAUCUUUCUUGGAAAGACAUAACAACUAGGCUAGGAUUUCUUAGGAUUUAGGAUUUCUUCAUGUCUAAGAGUAUCAGAAAUGUGGUGCAGUGCUAACCACACUGUAACCUACUUCAGGAGAGGUUAAGUCUAAGCAAGCGAUCAAAUCAGGGUGCUAACCAAUCUAAAGCAAGUAAAAAUGUCAGCUGACUUGACUUAAAGAAACUAUGCAUUAAGUAAAAGGCCACCCUGAGUUGCCCAAAAUCUCUGCCCACCUCUGCAGUGAUUGGUUAGUACGGAUUUGUAAAUGGGUGUGGGUGAAGCUUUUACCCUCCAGCUUGCCUUUUUUCGUACCGCAUGCAGCUGGACGUUUAUAAUAAAUUCUUUCUUUUGAAUUCUGUAUUGUUGGAAAGCCGGUGCAUGAUUGGCUUAAGGCAUGUGACUGCCACAUUAACUUGAAGACUUUAACAUUGCACCCCCUCUGGCUGUAGAACAGGUGUAUAACUACUGUGUAUAAUGGAAUACCACUAGUUGGUACAUCAGGAUGUGAUUUGGGACUGAGCCUCUGGUGCUGAGCAGCAAAAGUUUUGCCCUUUAUUUCGGACUCAUUCUAAAUGUGAACAGUCAAAAUAUUAACAACGGAAACAUGAAUCAUAAAACUAUAUGUACAUCGUUUCUUUGUACAUUAAGACAAUUGCAAAGGAAACAGUGAGGCUAAUGUGGCUUUGUGCACCAAAAUAAAGUGUUUAGGGAAAGUUGGUUAUUUACAGAUUAUGAUUAGGCUACAUUGCACUUUUUGACAUUUGUUAUUUUGAGAUCUCACAAACCAUUACGAAUGUGUUUACUACGUCCCCUGUUUGACAAACAGUCAGGAACCUUCUACACACGGUUGGAUCUUAUCAUUCAAGCCAACAAAAUAGAUAUUUUGUAUUCUAUCCUGGUCCUUUCUUGUAAACUGAAGGAGUGAGUGAUGUGUGCUGUGAAAUCAUUGUGCCAUAGAUAAAAGACUACAGACGAAGUUUUAAACUGAAGAAAUAUAGAAGUUCAGACAAAGAAGUUCAGAUGCGCUUAUAUAUUUACUCAAAAUAUUUGUAUUAAAGAUGGCAUUUAUUUGACAUAUAUAUAUAUAUAGAGAGAGAGAGUGUUUUGCUGCACUGUAAAUGUACAAAUGUACAAAUUAAUGUAAUACAAAACCCACUUCCAAAAAGCUUGGUACAGCAGGUAAGAUGGCAAUAAAAUAUUUUGACCUGUAUUUGAUUGAAAACAGUACAACAAGAUUGUUUCCUGUAUAUGCACAAACACUUAUUUUAAAUUUGAUGGCUGGAACACAUUCGAAAAAUGUUUAUUACUGUGUUAUGUCACUUUUUUGGCCAGUGCUCUAUACACAUUUGGUAACUGAUGACACCAAUCAUUGUAGAUGUGGACGUGCAUUUUUAAAGCAGUGCAGUUUGAAGGAGCAAAUGUCAUGGGCAUUCAAUAUUAGUCGUACUCUUUUUUUGCACGUAGAAUUCUCCAGAUUCUAGGAAUAUUUAUUAAUAUCAUGGACUGUAGGUGGUGUUUUUUUCUAAAUUUCAUGCAAUCGUGCAUUGAGAAAAAAAGGUUCUUAAAUUGUCGAACUAUUUGCAAAACCCAAGUGCCGAACCAGAUGAUGAUGGCGUUGCAUGGGAUGACAAAAGGAUUCCAGUCUUAUAUUCCCUGGUCAUUACUUUUCUGCUCUUUAUUGCAGGCAUUAGUUUAGGACUGAUCAUAUAUUUACAUAAUCAAUAAAACUGAUAUCGUAAAAAAAAUA